AGUGGGCUUGCAGACAGGCAGGAGGGGAGUGUAGGGUCCAAAAUGGCGGCGGGACCCAUCUCAGAGAGGAACCAAGAUGCCACCGUGUAUGUUGGCGGCCUGGAUGAAAAGGUCAGCGAGCCCCUCCUUUGGGAGCUCUUCCUCCAAGCGGGGCCAGUGGUCAACACCCACAUGCCCAAGGAUAGAGUCACCGGACAGCACCAAGGCUAUGGGUUUGUGGAGUUCCUCAGCGAGGAGGAUGCCGACUACGCCAUCAAGAUCAUGAACAUGAUCAAGCUCUAUGGGAAGCCAAUCCGAGUCAACAAGGCCUCGGCCCACAACAAAAACCUGGACGUGGGGGCCAACAUCUUCAUCGGCAACCUGGACCCUGAGAUUGACGAGAAGCUAUUGUACGACACCUUCAGCGCUUUCGGGGUCAUCCUGCAAACCCCCAAGAUCAUGCGGGACCCCGACACAGGCAACUCCAAAGGCUAUGCCUUCAUCAACUUUGCCAGCUUCGAUGCUUCAGACGCUGCCAUCGAAGCCAUGAAUGGGCAGUACCUCUGCAACCGCCCCAUCACAGUCUCCUACGCCUUCAAGAAGGACUCCAAGGGCGAGAGGCACGGCUCAGCUGCCGAGCGGCUCCUGGCCGCCCAGAAUCCCCUCUCUCAGGCAGACCGGCCCCACCAGCUCUUUGCAGAUGCUCCUCCCCCUCCAUCUGUGCCAACCCCAGUUGUUACCACCUUGGGGCCUGGGGUCACCCCACCAGGGAUCCCGCCGCCUGGUUCAUUCCCUCCACCGGUGCCCCCUCCAGGAGCCAUGCCCCCGGGGAUGCCUCCAGCUAUGCCACCCCCACCCAUGCCGCCUGGUGCCGGGGCCCCAGGACCGCCUUCUGGAGGAGCUCCUGGUGGGGCUCAUCCUCCCCACCCGCACCCUUUCCCUCCCAGCGGCAUGCAUCCAGGGAUGCCUCAGAUGCAGGUUCACCACGGGAUGCCUGGGAUGGGCCCACACCACCCAGGUCCCCCUGGAGCCGGGGGCCAGCCUCCCCCUCGCCCUCCUCCGGGCAUGCCUCACCCUGGGCCACCCCCCAUGGGAAUGCCACCCAGGGGGCCUCACUUCGGAUCACCAAUGGGUCACCCUGGUCCCAUGCCGCCCCAUGGCAUGCGUGGGCCGCCUCCUUUGAUGCCGCCACAUGGAUACAACGGCCCCCCGCGCCCCCCACCCUACGGCUACCAGAGAAUCCCUCUUCCACCUCGGCCCGCCCAGAGACCCAUGGUUCCUCCACGGGGGCCCAUGCGGGGACCUCUCCCGCCUUAGACCAGGGGGCCUCGCAGGCGCUGUGUCAGAAACAAAAACCCACUGAAAUUUCCUUUGCUCUUUACUUAUUUUUGUGUCUUUUUGGACAAACAUUCCAGCAAGUCGUGUCUCACUUCCCAGGGUGUGUGUGGGAAAACAUCUGCCAUUUGCUCCAGCAGCAUUAUUGUGUUGCUCCUCUAUCGUCAUCAUUAUUGUUAUCAUUAUUACGUCUUUUAUUAGUCCCAUUGUCUCAGAGAAAGAUUUUAAAACUUUUUUUUCCCUUCAUGACUGUGACUCCUGUUUGUGAAUCCCCACGUAGCAACUACAUUUGCAAAUAAAAAAAGAGGGGGAUUCCUCCCCAAAUCUUC